CGCGCAUGAAAAUCCCGACGCAGUGACGUAAACAGUAAGCACGUGAAAGGUACUGUUUGUGCUAACCGGAGAAUUUGUUUAAUCGAUAAAACUGCUAAGAGAAGCUAUUUAUCAUGUUAACCGUCGUGACAAGAUCCAGCAUAGUCUCAAAGCUGUCUCACAGUCUAUUCUUCCGUAGAAUUUUGAUCAAAAGACGAACUAUACAAUCAAACAGGUUCAGUAGUUACGUUAUAGGUUAUGUCAACCACAAUUUAACAUGUUUUCCAAGGAGAAAUCCACAAACGUUACUGCAAUCGUUCAUGACAAAUUUUAGUACGGAUACUGGCCAUUCGACAGAAACUGAACUCAGCUCUGUGCAAUACGAGAAGAUUUGCGAGGAAACUUUAGACUCUUUAACCGAGUGCUUUGAGGAAUUAGUUGAAGCAACAACGCAUUUGCCAGAUGCUGACGUAUCUUACGGAGAUGGUGUGUUGACUGUAAAAUUUGGUGAGCCACAUGGUACUUAUGUUAUAAAUCGUCAAUCACCGAACAAGCAAAUUUGGCUCUCCUCUCCCAAAUCUGGACCAAAACGUUACGAUUUUAUAAAUGGCCAAUGGAUAUAUAAGCAUGACCGCAAAAGCUUACACGAAUUACUUAAUAAUGAGAUACCCGCAAUUGUAAGGAGUGAAGCGUGCUUUGACAAAUGUUCCUUUAGUGGUACAGAGAAAUAAGCUGUGAUAGAUAGUUCUUUUAAAAAAUAAUAUUAAUAGAGGUUGAAUUACAAAUUGUGUGAAUCUAUAAUUCACUUGUUAGAGACUAUUAAAUGUUAUUGAAGGUCUGAUUUAAAAGUUGUACAUAAAACUUGUAAAAAGCUGGAAGAAGAAAUCGGCAUAUAUAAGUGCAACAUUAUCAACUAAAUUAAAUAAACUUCAUGUAAGUAAUUUUAAUAUCAAAUUGCAAUUACAUCACAUACUUGCACUGCCAUGAUAAUGAAUUUCUAUAAGGGCACAUGUACAUUCUUAUUUAUUACUGUUUUAUGUUGCAACAAAAUAUUGACAAAUAUGAGUUUGAAGAAAGGAAGAAUAUCUGUAUAAUAUCUGUAUAUAGAUAUAUUAAAAUAUAUAUUAAAAUAUAUAUUGUAUUGAUAUGUGCUUGACAUUAUUUAUAGAAGUAUACUUUUAGUUUCUAAAAUUGAAAUCAGUUUGUAUAUGUAUUAUAAUGCUUUUUCUAAAAAGUCAGAAGUUUUACAUUGUUCAUAGUUAAAUGAAUUGAUAGUUAUAUAUAUUUUUUCUUUUUAUAAUGUAAAUACAUUUCUAAUAAAUGCAGUAUAAAAAUA